AUGACUGAUGAGUUGCCAACGGUAAAAAAAAGACGUAUAGCUACAGAUAGUGUCGGAGAGGAGGUUGUGGAAGGUGCGUUUGGGAAGGAAUUUCAAAUUCUGCAAGGUUAUCGUGAUUUCGAAAAUGAAGUAAUUCAAGACCGAGCUGCCGUGUCUAGAACUGGUGAUAUAUCUGUUGCCAUGCAGCGGUUAAAGGAGGUAAAUUUAUUGUUUAGAAAGGCAGGGGACUUGGACCUAAAUAUUAAUUCUCUGUACGCUCAAGAUUCGCAUGCUGUUAUGAAUGUUAGUGAAUUGGCCAGUAUUAGUGUUCGUAAUUUAAAGUUGACGGAUGCAGGUAAAGUAUUAAAGGUCGAUGAUAUUAUUAAUUCAGCUAAAAGGUAUAUGUUAGUUGAUUUUUUUAGCGAGCUCCGUGGGGAAGCUCAAUCUGUGCCAACAGAUAAUGAUAAUGAAGAACAAGAACAAGAUGAAGAGAAUGCAGGAGAUGAAGGAGAUGAAGGAGUGAACGCUGGCGUAGAUUCUACAUCAAACCAUCAAUUCAAGCAGAAUAAACUUCGUAGUGCGUUUUUAAAGCAAUUUGAAGUUUACGAUGAUUUCAAUCAAUUCAACUGGUUCAGAAUGGGCGCACUUUUCCAACAUUUAAGUAAGUCCCCGACGGUUGUAGAUCACAUGUUAGGUCCACUUGCUGUCCAAAAGAAGCAGCGUGUUGCUAGCCAGAGAAGACCUGCUGAAAAUAUUGGUGAAAAGAUCACUGCUGAUACAGUAACAAAGGAGACAUUAAGUGUUAAUCAGGAAGAAACGACUCCCGAGCAGGUGAAGAAAUGCUUUAAAGUACUACUGGAAAAAAAUGGUUAUAACCAAAUCAGUUUGUUUAAAUUUAUUAUAGAUCCAAAUUCCUACUCCAGAUCGAUCGAACAUCUAUUCUAUACAAGUUUCUUGAUAAAGGAGGGCCGUCUCGUUCUAGAAGAUGAUGAAAACGGCUAUCCAGCUAUACGACCUAAAGAGCCGUUACCAACUGACCCAAAAGAAAGGGAAAUUGAACGACAACGAAGAAGUGAUGCCUCUCAAAAACAUCUCAUAUUCCAAAUGGAUAUGCCCACAUGGAAAGUCCUAAUUAAAAAAUUUAAAAUUACUGAUUCUUUCUUGGCAUAA